UGUGUGUGUGUGUGUGUGUGUGUGUGUGUAUGUGUGUGUUGCUCGUUCGUUACUCGGCCCGCGAGUGUGGACGCCCUCUGGCGGUGCGUGCAUGCACUACUGGAACAGCCCGGGCGGCCUCUUCACCGGCUCGAAGGUCCACGCCACCGCCUCCGUCGUCUUCCACUUCCACGUGCUGUCCUUCGCCACCUCGGGCGGCGCCGCGCUGCUGGCCCUCGGGGGCCUCGGCGCGCUGCUGCGCUACCGCUGCCGGCGCUUGGGGCCGUGGCGGCGGGCGUCGGAGCUCGUGGCGCCCGCGCUGGAGUCCCUGAAGGCGCACGAGGAUUACUGGUGCGGCCUGCGCUUCCCGUGCGACCAGAUCGCCCAGACAUUGCCGCAGGCUCUGCGGGAGCAGAACCCGACCUCCUUCAACGCCAUCGUCGCCUGGAGGAAGGUCCUGAAGGAUACCGCCGUGUUGAUAACAGCCAUCAACGCACGGCGGCGGGCUUCGUGUGGCUGGACCUGGCGGGCUGGGUGCCCACCAACUUCCCCCUCCGGAACCGCCUGCAGCAGAUCGCGUCCACGAUCCCUACGACGUGAUGGCCCAGAUGCUCCAGCAGUGGGCGACGAGAUCUACACCUUCGGGGAACAGGCAGUGGCUUAACAUAGAUAUUCGAAGGUCCGCGCGGGUUUCUCGGAUCGGCGCUGGAGCCCCCUGGCGGCGCCUCUGGCGCCGCCCCUCGCGCGCUCCCUGCGCCAGGGAGGGUUUCCAGUGCCGAUCCAGGAGAUCCGCGCGGACCUCAGAGUUCCUGUGUUCAUGUCAUCAUUUGUUUCCCAUGCACGUGCAGUCAAGACGCGCAAACAAGGAU